UUUACCAGUCCCCAGGAUCGCCGUUUAUCGCUAAAAGAAGCUGCAAAAAUUUCAUAUGCUCGGUCGCGAAAAUUUUCCCCGCUGAAAACCCCGUUUUUCUUCGGUGAAAAGUUGAGUCAAAGUGUUCGGAAAAUGUGCUAGUCGGUUGUGAUAUUGCUUUCGCGUUGAUCGAUCUCGGGAUUCAGCGAACAGUUGCUGCACAAUGAAUUCCCAGACAUUCCCCGCCCCUUCUCCAUUGGCUGGGCCAGUAGUGGGUGGUUCAUCUUCAGCAACCACCGCCCAACCUUUGUCCGAUUUGGAAAAGUCUUCAGCCCGCAAGGCGCGGAAGGAAGCGGAAAAACAGAAAAAGCAAGCCAAAAAAUAUGAGGAGCAGUUGAAAAAGAUUCGCGGUCCCAAAAGCCAGAAGAUUCAGAUUAUCGACGAAAGUUUUCUGGAGAAAUACCAUACGGCUCAGGCACUUCCGCCGGGGCCGGCGUUGAAAACGAAGAAACGUUCCAAGAAAACGCCCAGCGAUUUGGUCCAGAUUAAUCUUUCAGAUUGUAUACGGGAUCGUUUGAAUUUGGGUGGUGCCGAGGGAACCGGAAAUGGGGAAUUGAAAACACUAAUCAAACCGGUUGUUCCGGUCGUAAUCAAUCAGCCUCUCGUGAUGCACAAAGGCAAACAGCGGGAAGUUCCCAAAGAGAAGAAACUUUCCAAGCUGAAGAAAGAUAUUUUAAACAAUCGGAAAGCUAAACAUGAAUCCUCGGAUCAACAGGAAGAGGAAACAACUCCCGCUGAGGAAACCCCGAAUCAACCAAUCAACGGACAUAGUCCACCAGCUGCAGUUGAACAGCGUCCUCCGCCAGCAACGCCGGCACCCAAAUUGGGUGUUUCUCCAUUUCUGAAAGCCAUUGAGAAGGUUUGUUCCAACGACGGACCGGUUCCCGGUGUGGUGCGAUUACCCCCGAGCGUCGGUUCCGAAGAGUAUCAAAACGGAUUUCCUUCCCUGGAGGCCAGCGUACGAAGUGGACCGGACAAGGUUCAACACUCAAGGAAUUUCAGAACAUAUUGUGAUCACUUGAUCACAGAAGAGCUACGCGAUCUGUCCGAAACGCUCGUUACGAAGUUGUUCCAGUUCCAGGCAAAUGCAUACGGUCGCAAUCCGAUCAAGGCCGUGGGCAACAAACGUUACUGCGUGGGCUUCAACGAAGUGCUGAAGAUUCUCGAAGCCCGCAAGCUAAAGUUGGUCCUAAUCGCUCCGGAUCUGGAAUCGAACGACAGUGUCGAUCAGCUGGUCGAGCGUGUUAAGGCGCUCUGUCGGCAGCUCCGCGUCCCGUAUGUGUUCGGUAUCAAGCGCCGCAAGCUCGGGUUCCACCUGAUGAAGAAGGUACCGGUAAGUUGUUUGGGCAUUCUAAACUACGGCGGGGCAGAUGAUACCGUCAAGCGGAUGUUGGAGAUAGUGGACCAGGAAAGGGUCAAUUAUCGCAACUAUCUUGCUCAAUCGGAGGCCGGGGGAGGGCUUCAAUGAUAGGUGACCCGUUCCAUUCCAGAUAAUCGUGAUUUCGUCGAGGCCAAAAACGUAAACGAUAUUAAACUAUCUAGUCCAAGUUAAUGAUAAAUGAAUUACUUUUCCUCCCCCCUCGUAAGGCUCUUCCUAAUCAAAUAACGUAAGGUGUGCAAUGUGUGACAUUCCCGAAUUAUCUCAAAUAAGACAAAAAUAUACUAAAUCAUAAGGAAUUCCUCCAGUUGCGAAAUUAAUUAGGCCAUAAAUAUAAUAUUGAUUUAAUGUACUGCUGUCGAACCACUUGGAAGGAGUUGCUUUUCGGACGACCUAGGGUUGUAACAACUUGUACAAGUUGAAAUUGUCGAAAUAUAGCCAAAGAAAACAGCGGGGAGACCACUCAAUACAUUCAACUCCGAAAAGCACCGCCUUAGUGGUGGUAUUUCAUGUUUUAGAUGUUAUAUCGCUGGUACAAACAAACAUCAAGUGAAUACGGUAAUAAAGGAACAGUAUUAAGUUGUGCAAGCGA